AUGACUUCACUACUCUCCCGUACGUUGCCCUUUGUGUUUAGCGUGACCAUCUUGCAGCUGCCAUUGCUGAAGCAGACAGUAUGUGAUCAGCACGAUGCGGUUAUAAACGACUGUAAUGACAAGGAUUUAUAUUAUUCACUUCAUCACAUCUGCAAGAAACCUUGUACAUCUGCAGAGAACUGUAACAACACAGAGCAGUGUGUAUGUGAUGGAAGGUGUGGCCCAAGCUGCAUCGUUGUGGAUUCAAGUCCGAGUUGUUUUCCACUGCCUGACUCCCCCGAUCAUGGGUUUUCUUGGUUGACUGUUCCCGAUGAAACUACACACCCAGGACGCUUCGGAUCUCAGCUCCAUUACAUGUGUGAUACAAACUAUCAACUUAUUGGUUAUUCACAAGCCAUGUGUAUGUCCAAUGGACAGUGGGAGGAACAACCACCUUACUGCGUUCAUCGUGAAUCGCAAGCUGACUGCACUGAAUAUCAACAGCUGGAACAUGCCUCGUGGAAUCUUGUAGAUGACAACCCAAAUGGUGUGUUGACUGUUCGCUAUGAAUGUGAAGAUGGCUUUACUGCAAUAGGGCGGCAACAAAUCAGAUGUAUUCCUGGUAUAGGAUGGGAACCACUCCAAAUGGAAUGUAACAUGCUGAAAUGUGGUAGUCCUAGUAUACCGUUGAAUGGUUUCAUAACGUCGUUAGAUUUCCGUUAUGGAUCCAGCAUUGCAUACGGAUGUCUUGACUCUCACACAUUGCAAGGACCUGCAAGCCGUACGUGUUCAGUGACUAGCGGAAUGUGGGAUAAUCAAGUACCAACUUGUCAACCCCAGUUAUGCUCUUCUCCAACCAUUGUCAAUGGUGAUGUUUCUUAUGACAACGAAGCCCUGUUCAUCGGCAACCUCGUAUCAUUUGAAUGCCACAAAGGGUACGUUCUGAUCGGCUACAACUCUACUGAGUGCUUGGAUGAUUUAACAUGGAGUAAUGACAUUCCUGUUUGCGAGGUGAUUCAAUGCGAACGUCCCGAAAUCGUCUCUGCUGAUCUAGAUAUUGUGGGCAGUCGGGAUAUUUUUGACUUUGGCGAGAACAUAGCCUACGAAUGCCAGAACAAACGGUUUCACAAACUACAUGGAUCUGCAUCAAGACAAUGUAUCGAAGGCGGCCAAUGGACAGGAGAAGAGCCAAGCUGUCAUGCAUUCUGUCGUAGUCUGCCAAGUAGGAUUCCAAAUGGCGCAUCAUUCAACACGCCAUCAGACACCAUGUACAACUGGCAUAGCGGGCAGAAGGUUUACUAUUGUAAUGAACUAUACCGGCUCACUGGUACAAGUAACAUCGUUUGUCAUAAUGGUAGAUGGAGCAGCAAUGCGUUACCAUCGUGUGUGGAUGAACGUGACAUUAAUAUGCCGCCAAUCCCAAUCCGAUCUAUGACACACGCUAUCAUAAAUGGUGUGCUAGAAGUCAACCAACGUGAUGAGGAAGUGCAGAUCGAUUGCAGAGUUUCUACUUUUCAAGGGAUUCCAGAAUGGAGGAAAGAUCCUAACAUUCGACCAGAGAAACAGUAUGCACUCAGGCUUGACGGCAGGGGAAAUCGCUGGUAUCGUCUUCGAUUAAACAACAUAGCUCAAUCGGAUAAUGGAGACUACCGAUGCACAACCAUAGCUAGAAGCAGAUCAAGCGCCAUUCGGAUAUCUGUUAUACCAACAUGUGAGGAUCCUGGUAAUCAAGAGGGUCGCCUUGCAAGCAGGGAUACUGCCGGUGGUGUACGCGCAGGGCAAACUGGCUUUGUCAGAUUUACCUGCGAGCAAGGUUAUGAUAUGGUUGGUGAUCACAGCCAGCUUGGAUGUGAUGUUAGCGGUAACUGGAACCAUGAUCCACCAGAUUGUGUUAAACGUAAUUGUCGCGAUGCAUACUUGUCUGAUCCAACCUAUGGCUACACUAGUGUUGCAUACUUGUCACCAGAUGGCACAUGGGCUUCACAGACAUUUCAAUGUUACACUGGAUAUACGCUAAAUGGAGACACCACGGUGUUAGAUAUGACGCUUGGUUGCCUUAAUGGUGUAUGGAAUGGAACUACACCAUCAUGCAGACUCCGUGCAAACAGCAUUCAGAUAACUAGCGAUGGCAGUAUGAUACCACGGGAUAUUACGUACAAUGCUAGGGACACACUGGUCCUUAAUUGCAUUCAAAGUCAGGCUCAACCCACCUGGUCAUUGAGAACCACAGACGGUGAUGUUGCCAUAUCACCAGAUAGUAAUGAAGUAGAUUUACAAGAUGAAUUUGGUAGCUCAAUGCUGAGGUUUUCUGGGCUGCAGCUCGAAAAUCAAGGGAUAUAUGUAUGCAGCAGCAACUUGGAAGAGACUUACAGCGAAUUGGUUCAACUUACAGUCUUAGCGAGUUGCUUGGCCCCUACUCCUGAUCCAAAUGGUUACAUCAUCCAGUCAACCGUGCAGGAUCUUUAUUACGAAUCCGAUGAGAUAGAGUUCGCUUGUAUUGAUGGGUUUGUACUGCAUGGUGAGAGACAAACAGUUUGUCGCCACUCGGGAUGGAGUUCUAGUGUUCCGCAAUGUAUACAAGACUUAAACUUGAGUGUGUAUAUGGAAGGCAAUAUACUAGCAGAAGGGAGUCAAAUCGUGGCGGAAACGGGCUCGCAUAUAUUCCUCGAUUGUACGCUUGAACACAACAAUCUGGUUCAUCUCUCCGAGAGUGACGUCAUAGGAUGGUCCAAACUAACACCAGGCGGAAACAGAAUAGACAUGUCGGUUCACCAGCUGAUCGUGGUAGACGGUAAUUUGACAUAUCUACGUCUAGCGUUAGCUGAUGUGACACGUGAAUUUAAUGGUCGUUAUGGAUGUGGAUCAGACGCUCAAAGUAUUAAAGUGGAAUGUCUCGUAAUUGUACCAUGUGCUCCACCUGAUGCUCUUACCCAUGGCAGCCUGGUAGUAACUGGAGAUGGAAUCCAAGCUAUAGUGUCAUAUACUUGUAGGGAGUUAUACACGUUGGUUAAUGGAGAUAGUCAACGGCAAUGUCAGCCUAAUGGAGAAUGGAGUGGCAGUGCACCAGAAUGUUCACUCGCUUAUUGCCCACCAUUGAGUAUCCCAACCACAGUCAAUGUUUUACCAGAUCUAGCUGAUCAACCCUUUCCCAUUGGAACUACAUUGACCUUCAACUGUAGUGACGACAUGUCUCCGUCAGGCCUACAACAACUUAGUUGUAUGGAUGAUGGGACAUGGUAUCCAGAUGGACAACCUAACUGCAUCGAUCAAUGCAAUGGCUUCGAGUGUCGACUUGGCUGGAAGUGUGUAGUGGUAGAUGGUCAACCAGAAUGCAAUGGUUGCAUGACGGAGAAUGACUGUAAUUCUCAAUACAGUAUUGGUACAGUGUGUGGCUCCGAUACCAAUGACUACAUCAGUGAAUGUAUCCUGGGUGUUACUGCAUGCAUCAAUCAGGAUUUGGCUCUACAAAAGGUGUAUGAUGGAAAAUGUGCUCAAGGAAGUUUGUGUUUCCUGGGACCGACUGUAAUGGAUAGAGAAUCUCUUCCCUGUCCACAACCCAACAUGAUGUUUUAUUUCAACCCUGAUACAACUGUUUUGAGUUGUCAAGUCAUCAAAGCUGACGAAUGCUUGUUGCAAGGAGGAUUUACAUCCAUGGUUGACUGCCAAGAAAAAUGUCUAAGAAACUACUGCAAUGACCCACCAGGAGAGCAUGGUCCAUGUGAUCAGGACGAGGAGUAUUGGACAUAUAACUCAGAGACUAAGCAGUGUCAGUCAUUCAUGUAUGGGGGAUGUAGUUCACGUAUUAAUCAGAACCGAUUCCCAACCAUCAAUGAUUGUUUGCGUAGCUGUCAACUUGGUGAAGUUUGCCAGCCUUGUCCGGAGACGAUGACGUUGGAUAAUGCAUGCUUCUUUGGCAAGCAUGCACAGAUUCUUACAGUGACCAGUGCUCAGCGAUUCCCAACGGUAGGAUUCAUACGUUUCUCCGUCAAUGUCCAAAACAUCUUGACGCCUCCUCGAGAUGGAUUCCUCCUUGAAACAGGUCCAGGGCAGAAUGUAUAUUGUGAGGGCACAUACAUAGAUGCGGCGUGUACAUGUCCCCGUUUGACACCUCUAGUUGAUCAAUCUUAUCUCUUUGUUUCUUCUUCAUAUAGGAAUGAAUAUCUUAAGCUUGAUAACCAUAGUUUCGUGUCUGAGUGGACAGACGACUUGCGCUUGAAAGUAAGCAGUUUGGAAUCCUGUAGAGAUUGGAUAUUGUAGGACUUCAGGUCUUACAAUCCGGAUUGCGGAGUUAAAUAACAACGGGGUCAUUUUGAUUAUGUUUCGUAUAACAUUAGUCUAAGGUAGAACUUAACGACUUAACUGGUAUAAUUAUGCCUAAUGCACUAUUUUAAGAUAUUGCCAAGUUAAAUAAAAAAGGUAUAAUAAAACUGGCUUUUAAGUGAAUUAACAAACGGUUAUUUUGAUCAAGGACGUUGUGCACGUUCGAUAUCUUAAUGUUAUACUCGUUCGUAUAUGGUUGCGAUUCUUUGGCAGCAUUUCAGACUCUAGAUGGUUUAUGAGCUUCAGUUUGAAUUGGUUGUUUCUUCCAAAAUGACUAACCCCUUUCGUUAUCUCAAACCACGUUUGUAACAAGUUGCGAUUUUUUUCAGUCCGGUAAAUUAAAAGCUGUAUUUAGAACCCGACUGUCGCGUGCUCGAAACGCAACAACUAUCAGUAACAGGGCUGUGUACAAACCGCAUUGGAUCAAAAUAAAGUUCUGAUUUGUUCUUUCACUCUCAGUUUCGCAGUACACGAGGGAUAUCACAAACGAGGCAGGAAAACAGCCAUUUUGAAUCUUUGAUGUAUAUCAAUAUAUGUGGCACGGUUGGCUUGUGCGUAAAGCGCUCGCCUCUCACCAAGGUGACCCCGGUUCGAUUCCCGGUC